AUGGCGAGUUCGGGAACAAACAGACGUAUCUUGAGUGAAGUAACCAAACUUCAAGCAUUAGCAUCGAGCAGCGAAUGCAAAUUUCUUCUUGAUAAAUCGCCUGUCGAUGAUCCGUCAUCGAAUGUCAUUCUGGGAAGAAUUUUACCUAAAUCUAACAUUUACAACCAAGCAGCAUUCCAAAUAGAAAUCAAGUUACCAGCAGAGUACCCAUUCAAGGCACCUGAACUUCGGUUCGUCACACCCAUUUAUCAUCCUAAUGUCGAUGAAAAAGGCAAAAUUUGUGUUGAUUUAAUCAACACAUCAGAAACUUUCAAGCCUACAACACCUUUGACUGACGUUGUCAAAGCUGUAGCCAAUUUGAUUGAUAGUCCAAACAUCGAUCAUGCACUCAAUCCUGAAAUCGCUGCCGAAUAUACGCAGAAUAAAUCCACAUUUGAACGCAAAGCAUUGGACCUGAUGGCAUCAAAACAUAUACGUUUACUAAAAGAUCUUGCUCAUAUUGAUGAAACUUUCAAAUCCGAUCGACUAUUUUUCAUAAAGAAAAAACUCGAUGCAUCGACCUGUGAUGCCAUCCAUGAAACGGAUCUCACUCAUCCGAUAUUUAUCUAUACGCCUCAACAAUCGCCUUACCUUGGUGGAGAAUUUGAAAUCGAGAUAAGUUUGCCACUGGAUUAUCCAUCCACGACACCGCGUGUCAAAUUUCGUACGCCGAUUUAUAGUCCUGUCGUUGACGAAUCAGGCACGUUGUCAUGUUUACCGAUUCUUCAACGCUGGCAGACAUAUCCAACAAAUUCCGUCCAAUUACGUGAUAUACUUGUAGAAAUCGAUUAUUAUAUUACACAUUUAGAGGACGUGGACGAACCUCAUCGGCCAGGAUUACUUAUCGAAUGGAAUGAUGAUCCAGCUGGAUUUGUAAAGACAGCUGAGCAACAAACAAAAGAAUUAGCGAAACCACAAAAACGAUAG